AUGUGCUCGCCCCCUGUAGUGCUGGCGGGGGUUGUAACCCAGCAGAGAGAGAUGCGCCGUGUCACUGCGGGCAGGCAGGGGAGAGGGGGGAGAGAAGGGAGAGGGGAGUGUGUGCUGGCGAGGGUUGUAGCCCGAAAGGGAGAGGUGUGCCGUGUCACUGCUGGAGGGGGAGAGGUGUGCCGUGUCACUGCUGGGGGGGGAGAGGUGUGCCGUGUCACUGCUGGGGGGGGAGAGGUGUGCCGUGUCACUGCUGGGGGGGGAGAGGUGUGCCGUGUCACUGCUGGGGGGGGAGAGGUGUGCCGUGUCACUGCUGGGGGGGGAGAGGUGUGCCGUGUCACUGCUGGGGGGGGAGAGGUGUGCCGUGUCACUGCUGGGGGGGGAGAGGUGUGCCGUGUCACUGCUGGGGGGGGAGAGGUGUGCCGUGUCACUGCUGGGGGGGGAGAGGUGUGCCGUGUCACUGCUGGGGGGGGAGAGGUGUGCCGUGUCACUGCUGGGGGGGGAGAGGUGUGCCGUGUCACUGCUGGGGGGGGAGAGGUGUGCCGUGUCACUGCUGGGGGGGGAGAGGUGUGCCGUGUCACUGCUGGGGGGGGAGAGGUGUGCCGUGUCACUGCUGGAGGGGGGAGUGGCGGGACGUGUGGGGAAGGGGGAAGUCCACCCCUCUCCCCCUUCCUCCCGCCUUCCCUCCUUUCCUGCCCCCCUGCCCCCCCCUCUCCUGGCCCCCCUGCCCCCCUGUCCCCUGCCCCUAUCCACCCACUCUCCCCCAUCCCCUUCCCCCCCUUCUUCCCCACCCCCUUUCCCUGUCUGUAA